AUGGCACACAUGACUGUCAGUUCCUCCGUUGAGGCAAAUAGACAGAGUAAAAAAAAUGCAGAUCAAAAUAUCGACUGUACAUCAAUGGAUCGCUCAGUGUCAUCAACUAUCACGCAACCCUUACCGCUGGAUGGAGGAUGGGGCUACAUUGUAGUUUUAGCAUCUUUUUUAAUCCACGUAAUCGCGGAUGGUGUGACAUAUUCGUUUGGUGUUUUUUACUUAGAAUUUUUAUAUUAUUUCGAGGAGGGAAAAGGUACAACUGCAUGGAUCGCAUCGAUAUUAGUCGGUGUCACAUUGUGCUCAGGUCCAAUAUCAAGCCUGUUUGUAAAUAAAUUUGGAUGUCGUGUUGUAACCAUAAUUGGCUCGCUAUUAGCGAGUUCAUGCUUACUGGCUAGUAUGUGGGCCCGAAAUAUUGUAACACUGUAUUUUUCAAUCGGCAUCGGAACAGGUUUAGGUUUUGGCUUGAUCUAUUUACCUGCGAUCGUUAGUGUGACAUGCUACUUUGAAAAAUAUCGAUCUCUUGCAACAGGAAUCGCAGUAUGCGGUUCUGGUCUAGGCACGUUAAUUUUCGCCCCUUGUUUAGAUUACCUUAUAGCAAUAUAUGGAUGGCGAGGAGCGAUUUUGAUUUGCUCUGGAAUUGUUUUAAACUGCACAGUUUUUGGAGCACUUUUUAGGCCCCUUGAGAUGAAUAAACCAAAAAAGACAAGUUCUACAGAGAAACCUUCACAGGACAUAAAAAAAGAUCCUAAAGGAUAUUCAAAUAAUUUAUGUAGUCGAAAAGAAAGUAAAAUAGCACACAGUGUGAGUUAUCGAAAAGAAAAUAACAGUACUGGUAUAAGAUUUCUAAGUCAACCUGUUUUAAUUUCAAAUAAUGCAACGCGACAAAACAGUUUAGAGAAUAUCCAGAAAGAGCACCCUAAGUUAAUACAAGGCUAUAAUGAAGAAAUGUUUCAUAUUCUGGAAUCUUCUAGUAGUUUAGCUGAUAAAACAGAAUAUAUAAAAAAAGAUAAUAGAGAAUCUAAAGCCUAUAUUGAGAGAAAGGUGGAUAGCUUUCAAAAAGAUGUAGAUAUUUCUGUGUUAAAAGAUCCAGUAUUUAUAUUAUUUACUUUUUCUAACUUCUGCACUAGUAUUGGAUUUUACAUACCAUAUGUCUAUGUACUGCCUCAAGCUGAAGAACGAGGAAUUAAUAAAAAAGAUGCAAGCUAUCUCCUUGCAAUAAUUGGAAUUGCUAAUACGGUUGGUCGUAUAAUCUUGGGAUAUGUAUCAGAUAAACCAUGGGUUAACCGAUUAUUAAUAUAUAAUUUAUGUCUUACAAUAUGUGGUAUUUCUACAACUCUUAGUACAUUCUGUACGUCUUUUGCAUCAUUUACAUUCUAUUCUUCUAUAUUUGGAUUUACAUCUGGUGCAUAUGUCGGUCUUACAUCUGUAAUUUUAGUAGAUUUAUUGGGUUUAAAUCGACUCACUAAUGCCUUUGGUCAACUUUUACUCUUUCAAGGGUUUGCAUCACUUUUGGGACCACCCAUUGCAGGAUGGCUAUACGAUGUACUUCAAACUUAUGAUCCUGGAUUUUUUACUGCUGGUGGAAUGAUGAUUAUUAGUGGAUUAAUUUUAUUUUUUAUACCUACUAUUCAAAAAAAAAUUCAAAAAAAUUUAUAUACUCAAAAAAGAAAAAAUAUAAUAAACAAUCAAUUUGCAUAG